AUGAGGCUAGCAGAAGAGAUCCUGACUUCUGUAGAGCAAGAAGCCAUCAGGAAGCUCAUGGUUUUCUUGCAUGAAUGGGAUAGUGCCCACAAAGUUGCUCGAAGCUGCAUCCUGGACAUUUUCAUUAAAAGGAAGGCAGAACAAGAGCUGGAGCCGGAGUUCUCCCAGGGAGCCAGUUUGUUCCUGGCUCACCUAACAGCAUGGCUCAGGAUGGCAUAUCUGUUUCCUCAGACAGCUGGAGGUGCUGUGUGGUACCACAGAUACCUUACUGAAUUUCUGGAGAUCGGAGGUGCCUCAAUUCCCCUGGAAAUACCGAGGCUGAACCACCUGAAAGAAGAAUCUGUAAAGCUGCUGCCACUCACUGCAGAUGCUGGGGUACCAGACCUCACCAAGUUCUUGGCCUCUUCCAACAAAGCAGAGGGUCAAGAAGACACACAGGUUCUGCUGGACUCUUCAGGCCAUGGCAAUCCCAAGUACCAGAACCAGGUCUACCUUGUACCCGUGCUGCUCUGUACCUCUCCACAGGCCCAGCACGGGCUCUGCUGAUGCUCAGGGUCGUGCAGGUGAGUACUGAGCCUUGUGGGGAGAAAUGGGAAGUGUUUGCAUCUGUGCCAAUCCUUCCUGCCCAGACAGGAGCUGUGUGCGUCUCCCUGGCACUGGGGCUGCACUGAGCAGCCCCAGUGUCUGGAAGAGAACUGCCUGGAGAACUGUGUGAAGGCUGUCCCUGUCACUCUGCCCUUUCUCCCCAGGACAUGGUGGGAGAGGUGCCCUGUGCCCUCGACGAGCCCGUGCUGGGCGUGCUGCGCUCUGUGCACCUGGAUUAGGAAAGCAGGAUCUGUGUACCCACCUUGGGCACUCUGGGGCAGGCCGUGGCUGGCCUGGGCAAGUGUGGCGGGGGUGAAGGGCGAGCUCAGGAGCUCCCGGCCACGUAUCCCGAAACCCCCUCCCGCCGGAGCGCGCGGCAUCAUUAGUAUUCAUUCAUUUGCCCUCCCAGGGUGCACCGCGCCCGGUACCGCAGCCCCGGUAAAGCCUUUCGGUGCCGCCGCUCUCUGGGGCCGCUGGUCCCGGUGCGGGACCGGGCCAGUCCCUGCCGGGUGAACGGGCCGGGGAAGCGGAGGGUGGAACCGGGGGGUCGCGGGGUCGCCAUGAGCUAUAGAGAGACAGUUGAGACUACGUAUG